CGACUGCGACAGCGACCGCAGUAAUCAGAGUCAGAGUCAGAGUCAGUGUCAGUUGUGCCCGUCAGUCGUUAGACGCGUCUCGUUAGCCGUGGACAUAGCAAUCGCAGCGCUUGGCAGUCAUUCAUAAAUCAAAAAUAAAAGUAUAUAUAUAAAUCCGAUUUGUUAACUAGCUGUUCAAGUUAAAUUGUUAACAACAACAACAAUAUGGUCGAGACCGUCGUCACCGUCGAGCGCACAACAACAACAACUGGCCCACCUGGCGGCAAUCCCUCAGCCAGUAACAAUGGCAACUUCUGGAGCGCCAUUCGCUUGAAUCUCGACUAUUUUAAAACGGCACCGGGCCUCAUCAAGAUAGUCCAAUUGAUAUUGGGCAUCAUUUGCAUGGCAUGCGCCUCGCCCGCACAGGCGGCAGCUACGAGCUUUUUUCUAUUUGCUGUUGUCCUCUCUUUCAUAAUUACCUUCUUGCUGAUUGCAGCAUAUUUCCUGGGCAUACGCGAGGCGCUCAACGUGGCCGUUAAUUGGAUAUUUUCAGAACUGCUGACAACUGCUGUGUUGACGUUGCUCUACUUUAUUGCAUUUAUUGUGCAGCUGGCCAGAUGGUCCGAAACGUAUGUCCCCGGACGUGCUGCAAAUGUAACGGCUGGCGUUUUUGGCCUAUUCAACUUCUUGGCUUAUGCGGCGGGCACAUAUUUCUUAUUCCUGGCGCACAGAUCGGGCGCCACGCAUUAAAAGUGUUUUAGCAGCAAAGCCGAACAGCGAUCUGUUCUGUUUGAUUCGAUAACCGAUAAGCGGAACAAAUUUUUUUAGUCAUGCGCACCCAAAAAAAAAAGAAAGAAAAAACAAACAAAUAGCAAGCAGCGCACCCACCACAAAAGCCAACAUAGCGUAGUUUAAGAUUUAAGUGCAAUUUGUUUGGAGAGUUUUUAAAUAAUUUUUUGUUUUUUUUUGUUAUAUUCCAUUUUAGUUUUUUUUUUUGAUCAUUUAAAUCUAACGGCAGUAACGAAUGAACGCUCAACUACAAGUUCGCUCAGUUUGGUUCAUGUGCGGGCUCAGUUCGGUUUAUGUUCAGGCUCAGCUCAGCGCUUGACUCGGCCCGCGCGACUUGAUUUGUUUUUAAUGUUAGUAUAAUGCUUACUUUAACUUUAACGCCUGCUAACAUUUAAGAUCAACACAUACAAGGCAACAAUAACAACAAACAAAUACAACAAAUAAGUUCAAUAAAUUAUUCGUAUUUUGUAACUGUAAAAUAAAUAUUAUUUAAUCCACCGCUGGUUGUGCACUUGACUAUUCUGGCAGAGUGGCAAACCUGACUACAUUUUGUA